UCAGCGACAGAACUGGCACUGGAGCCCAAGAUUUCUGAUUCUCAGGCCCAGAAGAGGCCCCUCGCUAGAGUUUCACACCACCAUGCUACUUCUCCUUCCUUGGCUUUGGCAAUUUGGAGUGUCAUCCAUCAAAAAAUGAUGAGAUUCAGAACAGAAAGAAACGGAUUAUCUGAACAACUUGGGUCCUAGUUCCUGUCCCAGCUGAUGAUAUUCCUGAUCAGUUUCAUCAGUUCCGUGUUUUGUGGCCAUUUGGGCAAGCUCGAACUGGAUGCCGUUUCCCUCGCCAUCGCUGUUAUAAAUGUCAUCGGAAUAUCAGUUGGGUUUGGCUUAUCCACAGGCUGUGACACCCUCCUCUCCCAGGCAUUCGGCAGCAGAAACCUGAAGCUUGUGGGGGUUGUCCUGCAGAGGGGAAUCCUGAUCCUGCUGCUCUGCUGCUUCCCCUGCUGGGCCUUGCUCAUCAACACCGAGAGCAUCCUGCUGCUCCUCCAGCAGGAUCCGGAACUGGCCAGGCUUACCCAGAUCUAUGUCAUGACCUUCAUCCCUGCUCUUCCUGCCACAUUCCUCUAUGUAUUACAGGUUAAAUAUUUGCAGAACCAGAGAAUAGUUCUGCCCCAGAUUGUCAUCGGAAUCAUAGCCAACAUCCUCAAUGCCCUGAUCAACUACAUCUUCCUCUACCAGCUGAAGCUAGGGGUGCUGGGAUCGGCUCUGGCGAAUUCCAUUUCCCAGUUCAUCCUGGCUCUCCUCCUCUUCCUCUACAUCCUCUGGAGGAAGCUACACCGGGCAACGUGGGGAGGGUGGACCUGGGAGUGCCUGCAGGAUUGGGGCUCUUUUCUCCGCCUGGCCAUCCCCGGCAUGUUCAUGCUGUGCAUCGAGUGGUGGGCCUACGAGAUUGGGAGCUUCCUCAGUGGCACCAUCAGUAUGGUGGAGCUGGGAGCCCAGAGUGUUGUGUAUGAAUUGUCCACUAUUGUGUACAUGAUCCCUGCGGGGUUCAGCGUGGCCGUCAGCGUCCGAGUGGGCAACGCGCUGGGAGCUGGGGAGAUGGAGCAGGCAAAGAGGUCAUCUGCUGUUGCUUUGCUGACCGCAGAGCUGUGUGCUGUAGUCAUGUGCAUUGUCCUUGCCAGCUCUAAGGAUGUGGUUGGGUACAUUUUCACCAGUGACAGUGAAAUUAUUGCUCUGGUUGCUCAGGUUGUUCCAAUUUAUGCUUCUUCCCACCUGUUUGAUGGCUUUUCUUGCACAUCUGGUGGGAUUUUAAGAGGAACAGGAAAUCAGAAGAUUGGGGCCAUCUUCAAUGCCAUUGGAUUUUAUGUUGUCGGUCUCCCCAUUGGGAUAUCACUGAUGUUCAUGACCAAACUUGGAGUGACAGGUCUGUGGUUGGGAAUACUGAUCUGUUGCGUCUUGCAAGCGGCUUGCUUUCUGGGCUUUGUUACCCGGCUGAAUUGGAAAAAGGCCUGUGAAGAGGCUCAAGAACGCACCAACUUAAAACUAAAAAUGAUUGGGGGUUGGAAGCACGACCGUGCUGUCGAUCAGAGCCCAGCUGCUUCAGUGGUCUCUGAAAACGAUGGAGAUAUUUUGCUGAGAGAUGCUGUGAAGUGCGGUGAGGGCCAGCAGGGAGACCCACUUUCACUGCCCUGUGCAGAGGAUGUGAAAAUUUUAUCUCUGAAGGAGUUAGUCCUUUGGCGGGGAUUGGUGCUCAUAGCAGCGAUUUUAAUCCUUUUAAUGGGCAUUUUAGUGAGACUAUAUGCCGGGUGAAGGAGCAACCGAUAGUUGAAAUGCACUCCCAACUGUAUUAAUGGUUUGAGAACAAAUCCAGGGUAGAAACAAAGGUUAUACUUUUCCUAAUAAUCUGAGAAAGCUGUGCUUGAGGAUUUGUUUUCAAGAAUUCAACAGGUCAAACCCAGAGACUGCAGUAUUAAAUCUAUUUUAAGAGUGUUAUUGAGUCAUUUAGCCAUGAUUCAGUCAAGAAAUACAGGUACUGUAAAUACAUAUAGAUAUACACAUAGGACAACUCUAUACAUUUUACAUCCACUUUUCUGAUAAACUGUGUUGCCUUCUUAAAAUGACUAUGCUAUGGUAUUUUUAAGUGUGUAAUUUCAAAAAGUCCAAUGCUUCAGAAAAUAGCCCAUCUUGCAAGAACAUUUUUUUAAAACUUUUCUGGAAUAUAGUGUCUUGCAUGUAGGUAUAGUCCCAAAAGACAAUGAAGGCAGACAAAAAAAAUACUAUACUAAAAACCCAGGCAAAACAGACACAUAAGUAACUUUUGGCUUCAAGUAGCCUUCAACAGUUGGUGCCUUAAACUUGGAUGGAGGGGAAAUGCACAUAUAUUCUGAGCCAUUCCCGUCUCCCACCCUACUUCCUCCUUGCCCCCCAUAUUCUUCUUUGGCCAAGAAAGUUGGAGGAAAUUCAUAUGAGGGAGUGAGCUGAUUGACGGCCUUAAAGCUGAGGCUAAGGGGUUUCUGCUUGAUGCAGAGGUGGAUGGGCAACCUGGAGGGUUUUGAGGAGUGGGGAGAUAAAAACUGAAAGUAUUUUCAGAAAAAUGAUUCAGGCAACAGAGUGAAGUAUGGGCUGGAGAAGGGAGAGAGAGACAUGUCCUUAUACUCUACUGUUUCCCCCAUCUGUCAUUUAUUUUAAUGUGUGACUCCUGUAGGCUGUACAUUCUUUGGGAUUGUGUCUCCCAGCUAUUGUAAUUGUAUUCUCCCCAAUUCUUAACACGGUGUUCUGACCCAGGAAGAGAUCAAUAAAUACCACUAACUGAC